GUGGUCCGCAACGAUACAUCAGGCGAGGAGACUUUGAUCACGUUAGUGGUUGACUUCACAACUUCAUUCAGACUUCAGUACUGCGGCUCAUUCAAAAGUCUAUGGCAACAUGACCCAGCUCACGCCUCCAACAGAAAAAGAGGAAGAAGCUGUAGGUGUACUAUCUGCUAUGAUGGGCAGUGACGUCGAUUCGACAGUGGCAUUACGGGUUCUACGAAAAUUCAAUGGCGACCUCGAGAAAGCAGCAGAUGCAAUGCUCGCGGGUGACAGAGGACUACAGCUCGAAUCUGGUUCAACUCCCAAAGUUGUUUCAACGACACCUUCAAACAACGUGAUUGAUUUGACGGGAGACGACGAGGAGAUAUCGCGGGCGUUGCAGAUGUCGAUGGAGACAGAGCCUAAGCCAGCAGAGCCCAUGUUUGGCCCGAGUAAUAGAGAAUCCGAUCCACAAUGGGCUGUUGUUCCUACGAAUUAGACCCAACAGCAGCUAUCGAAUGAAGAUGAAAACCUCAAACAAGCAAUCGAAGCUAGCUUGGCUGUCCCCGAUGAUAACGACGGAAAAUCGGAGCUUUCGGAUAUGAUACGGCAAGAUGGUCGGCCUGUCUCCUUGCGCGCGGAGUCACCUUCCCUUGUAUAUGCAGCGUUGGUCGCGCAUGCUUUAUUCCAUAUCCCGCAAAUGCGAGAACGGCUGUCUCGACUUGAACCGCAAGAAGAAGAUCCAAUCACUGGCCUGAUGGAAGUGUUCACGAACCUGGAUCUUGCUCAGCUUUCCUCAAUCUGUUACGACAAUUUCUUACUUUCGUUGGGUGCAGAGUUAGCGUCAAUGACGAGUACACCAUACAUUUUGUCCUCCGAGUUCGUUCAACUUAUUUCAAAUCUGAUCGACCAACGAUUGGAUGAUCAAGGGGAACGGCUUAUCUCGUUUACCACCGGUCGCCUCAAUAUCGUUGACGGCAAUAUAAACUUAGAGACCAACGAUAUUCCUAUAACUACAGUCCCAGUUGAAGCCAGAAUGGAUCCAUCGUGCCCCAACGAUCUAGUCGCUCGUCUCUCUGCAGCUCUCAAUAAUUACAGGGAAGAUGGUUCAACUCAUGACGGAAUCAUAGACCCUUCUCAGAUUAUCAUCUUCACACUGAAGAAGACAGGCCUCGCUGCUGGGACAUCAUCCGUCGAUAGCUUUGUUUAUCCCAAGACGAUGUUUAUGGAUCAGUUUCUACUUGCAAAUUUUGAAGUAGCCAACGCGAAACGCCUACGACAGUUGGAGAUACAACAACGAUUAUCUCGGUUGGAACAACAGAAAGUGGAGCUCACGAAAUACGACAACAAGGACGUUUUGAAGAACCUGAAGAGUAGCGUGCACUAUUUUGAAAAUGUAGUUCGUGUGGGAGAUGACCCAGAUCGUCGGGCUUCUUUGGCUUCUACGACUACUAAAUUACGCAAGGUUAUACUUGGGGUGGAAACUGCGCUCGAGAAAAUCAACGCCGAGGUCGGGAAAUUGCAGGACGAGGCGAAAUCCCUCUUUGAUUGUCCGGAACUGCAGAAACUUUGCUACGAUUUGCGAGCUGUUCUCAUACAUACCGGGGUACCAGGACGCAAACAAAUGUACUCCUAUGUUCAAGACCGGAACGGUACCUGGUGGAAAAACCUGGACUAUGCGGUUAGCGAGGCAACCGAAGCUGAUGUUCUCGCUGACCCGACGGGUUUACACUUGAAUGCUGGGCCGUACAUGCUGAUCUAUAGUCGAAGCCUCCCGAAAGAACAGCUGGCUGCGCCAACAACCUGGCCUCCUCAGUUUGUAGACGCUGUGAGACUUCAUAAUGAGAAAUUUCUCGAGUCAGUGUCUCCGGAGGUCUUGGAAAGGGCUAAACGGGUAGAAGUGCCGGCUGGCGAGGAGAAACAAAAUGCUGAGAACUCGGGACAGAAGAGGGUUACACUGAGUGAUGAAACAAGAGGGUCCCGAGAUGUAUCUAUGAUGGAUCUCACAUCCGGAUGUUAAAUAAACUUGGAAUAAGAUUCACGACUUGGAACAGGA